AUGAGCCGUACGCAGACGACCGGUGCCGCUGUCAGCCAGUUCCGCAAAACCAAGAUGUGCCGCUUCCAUGAAGUCGGUCGGUGCCGCUACGGAGACCAGUGUCACUUCGCCCAUGACCCAUCAGAGCUCAAGGAGCUGACAGAUCUUCACAAGAUCUCCAUGUGCGAGCAUUGUGAGCACUUGUCUCAUGGGGAUAAUGUGCACUCAGCGCACUGGCGGCACGCUGAAGAGCUCCGGCACGUGCACACGCGGCUCCAGGCCCUGGAAGAGGCCGUGAUGAGCGGGAACGACCGCCGGAAACUCAUUCGCUUCGUGGCCUACGCGGAACGGCUUGAGAGCCAGUUGAAGGGCAUCACCAAGCUGCUGGUAUUCUCAGGGCGUUGGGAGUACCUGCCAGUGGCUGCGAAGAAGGUGUGGGUUGGCUACAAGGAGGCAGCAGAGCGUGAGGCCGAGAUCCUGGGCAAGGUGAGCCACAGCAACGUGGUGAAGCUCCUCACCGCGUUCAGCGAUGGCAGCACCUUCUGGCUCAUCACGCGCCACGCUGGCCUGGCCUUGCCAAAUGCGCCGAAGCUGCCCUCCGUCUUCGAGGUGAGCAAUCAGGUGGCGCGCGGGUUGGCGCAUAUUCAUCGUCAUGGAUAUGUGCACCGGGAUGUCAAACCCGACAACCUCACCCUGGAUGCCAACAUCGUGAAGAUCAUUGACUUCGGGCAGGGGAUCGGGCUUGGCAACGAGCCACAUGAUGAUAGUCCGGAGAUGGCACUGCUGCUUGUCCGCAGUGUCCGCAGUGCCGCUUUAUUUCUUGCAUCUGAAGAAGCAGAAGCGUCUCGGAGGCUAGCUGCCAUCCUCAUCCAGGACCCCUCCGCUCGGCCCACUGCCAAGGACGUGACCUUGAUUGCUCAGCGCCUCAGCAACUCAGCGCCCUCUGGCUUCACUGGAGUUCUGCUCGUUUUCUCGGUGAGCGACAUUUGCGCAAACUACAUCGGCCAUGCAUUGCUAGUGAUAUAG